GUUGUCAUGGUGACAUUUAAGUUUGGAUCUCUCUAGUCCUUCAAUGUCAUUUAUAAUAACUUAUAAAUCAAUUUGUUUCUUCCUCCUGUAAUUAGUUUAUUUAAUUCCUGACAAUUACAAUUUGAAAAUGACUACUGAUACUUUGCCUGAAAAAACACCAACUCAGAAAAAAAAGAAAACACUUCUUGAAAAAUAUGAGAUACCUAUUAGUCAUCUUGAAUUUGAUUAUGUUAAAAAGUGUUGUAACAUUUUAGAAAUUGAGAGGAUCUUAAGAAUUUUAAGGGGAUUUCAGUUUAUUUUUAUGUUUAGGUCUGGUGAAGAAGGUCACUAUCCAGAACUCCUUAAGUGUGUCGAAGACCGGUUAAAAUUUUUAUGUCCAGACCACAAAUCAUUGAGGACGUGUGAACCUGUUAUGACCAAAUCUUGUUUGAAUGCUGAAGAAUGGAAUUCUGUUCAUAAAGAAAUCAUGGAGUGGAAACAAGAGAUUGAUGAAACUGAUCAAAUACUAAAUAAUAGUAAAACUCUGUCAGAUUCUGCAAACUUUUAUCCUGAAGUUAGGAGACCUGUUAACAAAAUUGAGAAUGAAACAGUAAAGGAGAAUUCAGAAAAAAAGAAGAUCACAAUGACAGAUUACAACCAGUGGGAAAAAUUUGAUGCUGAUAAGGAAUGUUUGAAACUCGAUCUUGAGGAAGAGAAAAGGGCUGAAGAGAAACAAAGGAGAGAACUUGCAGAAAAGAAAAAGAAAGAAACUGAGAGUAAUCUCUCCCUCGAGGAGAAAGAGAUUCAAGAAAUUGCUCUAACAGCUGAUGGUUUAAGUCAAAAAGAACGUAAAGUGAUGGCGGGUAAAGAAAAGGAAUUAGGUAAUGAAUUUUAUAAACGCAAUCUUUUUAACGAAGCUAUCAAACAUUACACCAGAUCGAUCUACCUCUUCCCCUCUGCAGUUAGUUACAACAACAGAGCUGCUACCUAUUUGAAGCAGUGCAAAUUUAAUAAAGCUCAAGAUGAUUUGGACAUUGUUUUGGAAAUGGAACCCGAUAAUGUUAAAGCUCAUUUUAGGCGGGCUUUGACAAGGCAGCACAAAAAUCAAUUCCAAGAAGCUCUUGAUGACAUUCUAUUUGUGCUGAAACAUGAACCAAAUCAUGUUAUUGCUAAACAUAUUGCAAAUGAACUGCGAGAUAAUUGUUAUAAAAUUCCUAGAACUCAUAAAAUUAGAACAUAUAAUGAAAAGGACCCAACAGAAAUAGUGGAAAUCGAAGUUACUGAUAAGGAAUUUAAUGAAAAGUACAAAGAUAAAAAAGAAUAUCUGUCAUUAAAUGAUUUUAAUCUUCCUAAAAUUAUGUGCAAUUGUAAUGGUAAGCAUACUAAUGAUCCUCUGCUGUGCAACAAUGAUCCGCUUCGUUACCAACACAUACGUGCCCGUUACGGCGAAAGGGCAAAUGAUAAAAUUGCCGAAAUGGAAAGGGCGAGCAAGAUGUUGAGGGCUGCUGGUAACAGGACCAGUGCUCCCUCCAAGAACCUCAUCAAUGAAUCAGUUAAUAAAGCCAAACCCCUAAUUCAGACGACGGACAUCACUGAAACCAAACCUUCCGUGUCUGGGGCGAGGCGGUUAGACAUUGUCGAACUUGAGAAGAUCGAGGAAGAAGAAAUGACCUCGAAAAUUCAGGACACUCAUCUGAACGUUUUGGGUGACAAGUUAGAACAAUCUCACAAAGUGGUUACAUCUUGCCUUGUUACUGACAAGAGAAAGACAAAAUCACCUAAAGUUUAUUUUGGCAACUACGAGGAAGGAGAUAGUGAAGAAGGUAAGCAAGAAGAAGCAGCUGCUCUUGUUGGAAAUUUAGAGGAUAAUGGUGCAUUGCCUAAAUCCAAGGAGGAAAAGAUGAAUAUUAACAUUAACCUAAAGGAAUCGCUAGAUAUGGGAGGUGGUGGCGACGCAGCUCGAGAGUCCAUUGAAGAGCCUAUGUUGGUCGAUGACAGCUCUCCUUCAUACAGCAUCCUUUCUGUAGAGGAAUCUUCAGUGCCGCAAGUUGAAGCUCCUGCUGCUGAUUCUUCGACUGCCAACCAUAAUGGUUCAGUUAAUUAUGAGUCCUCGUCCAGUGAAGCAGGGGAUGAACUACCUAAUGAAAUCACUGUCGAUGUUCAUUCAGCAGAAGUGGUGCAGCAUGUGGACUUGAACUCGAUUGCAAAGCAGCUUUUUCCCAAUGACAUUUUAAAGAAUUGUGAAUGUGGAGAGGGAUUUGCGUUAUGGCCAUCACAAUUUGAAAGUGCAUGGCUUUCAUUUGAAAAAAUGUCCAAUGCUGUAGAAGAGCGUUGUAAACUCCUACGACUGAUCUGUCCUCAUCGACUAUCAACAGUAAUAGGUAAUACACUCGAUGAGAAAUUGCUGGCAGGCCUUAUUGAUUGCUUGGACCAAUGGUUUGAUCCAAUAAUUGAAGGAAAUAAAGUUCGGAGUUACUUAGAAUCGAUAGCAAACCUCCAGCGGUUCAAAAUCAUCUACUGCUUCUUACCUAAGAACUCCAAGCACAGUGUGCAGGCAUUAUUGAAGAAACUGGGUCCGAUCUCAGGAGAGCUCGAGAAAGACUUUUUAUAAUUACUAAGAAUAUUAGCCAAUAGGAGCAUUAUAGAAGCUAAACCAUUUCCAUCUAUUCCCACUUUAUUUAUUUAAUUAUAAUUUUUGGGAUGAUAUAAUGGUUUUUUUUUUAUGGUAUGCCAACCUAUCUUGCCUGUUUUAGGCUUACACAAUGUCACCUGUUAUGCAGAGGUUAUUGCAACAUUUAGCCUUGAGCAAAAUGUUAUUUCAGAUAUGGUAGACUCUUUUUAUCUGAAAAUACAAAUAUUUUCAGUUACUUUUCCUAUGAAAUGGCAUGAUAUUCAGUAUUAAGAAAAGUGGAAUGGAGAGAGAAAACUAUUGCCAAAGACCUUCUAUAAAUAUUAAUUUUUUUUUUUUUUAAUUGAAUGUAUUAAUAAUACGUAAUAUAAUAAAAAGGGGAUAAUAAAUAGACUCUGGUGUCUUUUAAUCCAUUUUUGUAUUUUAGAACUUUGUAAAGAUUUAAUUUAAAUGAUUUCUUUUAGAAUUAUAUCUAUUUUAUUAAUGAUUUCUAAAAGGCCAUGUAAAAACUUAUGUUUUGUUUAAAUGUCACCUUUCUCAUUUUAUUGUUUACCUUCUUUCAAAUGACUAUUUGAAGUAUAGGUGUGGUCUUUAAUGAUGUGGAUAAAUGCUUCUUGUUACACGUUUGAACAGCAGAUGAAUUGCUAACAGAUUUGAUUAGUCUUAAUUAUAAUAUUGAUAUAAAAAAGUUUUAGUUUAUUAUGAAGGGUUGAUGCCUUCUUACCUUGUUAAGAUAGUUGGUAUAUCCUAUUCACAUAUCAAAUUUGUACAGUUUAAAAUUAUGUUUUCACUUCCUCAUUGGACCUAGAAAUAUCAAGAUUGGGCUUUUUUCUUGUUUUUAUAAUACUUUAUUUUAUAUAAAGAUAAAAUGAUAUGGUAAUAAUAAACAAAAAAAUAAAUAAACAAAAUCUUGAUGAUUCUUGUAUAAUGGAUUUCUGCUUUACUGUAUGAAUAUCAUAUAUACAUUUGACAAAUGAAUUAUGGUUCUGUUGCCCUAUUCAUAAAGACAUUGUUUGACAUAGAGUUGAGGCAUUUUUGUUUCUUAAAUUCAUUUUAAAAAUUAUUUUCAGCAUUUUAAAUAUUAGUUUCCAGAGACCAUGUUUUGAUGAAUAAAAAAAAAAUAUAUAGAUAUAUAUAAAUAAAGAAUGCAAUGAAAUAGCAAAUACGUGCAAUUAUUUUUAUGUAAUGUUGUAAUUAAAUAGUCAUUAAUAAACAAACAAACAAAAAUUAUAAUAAUGUGAUAAAUAAUGAUUUCUUAAAGUUAAGGGGAAAAAUGUUAGAACUUUUUAAAUGUAAUCUUGUCAUUUUUUAAAUGAAAAGCAUGAAAAAUUUAAAAACAAUUUCUUGUAGGUAACCAAAAAUGAAAAGAUCUAAUUUAUGUGUUGCAUGCUGUAUACAAUUGUGUAAAUUGUGAAUAAGUUCGUUUUCAUAUUAAUGGCCCAAUUUGGAAAAAUAUUUGAACAACUGUUUAAAAAACAAAACAGAAAAUUAAAUAUGCAGUAACAUAUAAAUUGAGUCAGUUGUAAAGAAAAUCUGGACCUCUGAGGCAUGUCUUGAUACUGUUUUACAAAAGUAAGAUUUUGUCUAACUGUUUUACUAGUUGAAAUGUCGCUUAUCACAGAGUACAAAAAGAUCUUGAUUACUUUCAAAUUGCUCUAUUAGGUUAAAAUGACAGUUGGGUUUAUUUCUGAGGUCCAGAAAUGUGGUUUUACUUUCAGUAAGGGAGCGAUAGAUUAUAAUUAACAAUUAGUUUUCAAUUUUUUAGAUCAUUUGAUCUUCUGACUUGUUAUUUAUAUUUUACGUUUCUUAAAAAAAAAAAGAAGGAAAAAAGUCAAUAGGAUAGCUUUUUAUUUAAGAUUUUUACCUUUAUUUUUAAGAAUUGAUGGCAGCACUUCCGGAUUAUCGAUUCAUUUUUCUUUCUUUACAUUGCUCUAGUUACUCUUUAGCCUUUUAAAUAUAUACCAUUUUAAAAUGAAAAGAUAAAUAAUUAUCUAUUUCUGUCAUCCUAAUAGACUUUGCUUAUCCUUAUUUAAUUAAUUUUUAUCACCAACUUUAAAGUUAUUUGUAUUUCUGAGUGUAUGAUAUUAUUAUCUUAUAAUCUGUCUUGAACAUUAGCAUUGUUUUAAAAUACUUUUUUCUUCUGUCAUUGAAUUAUUUUAAAGUCAGGCACUUUUACCAGAAGGAAACCAGUUAACUCUUGCUAACUCAAAUUUCGGGAAAAUGAUAAUUGAGAUACAUUUAGUAGAUUGAUAUCACAGGAUUUGACUUAAACUUUGAUAAUUGAGAUACAUUUAGUAGAUUGAUAUGACAGAAUUUGACUUAAAUUUUGAUAAUUGAGGCUAUGUUUUUAAUAAUUCUGGCUUACACCAAGUUAUUCAAGCUGUAAAUGUCAGUAACUUGUUACUUCGUCUUGAAGAGCUUAAGUUUUCUCAAACAUUAUUUUAGUGAUAGCCUCAUAUUUUUUUAGGUUAACAUUUGAUGUUCUCUCCAGCUAAUGAAAAUUUAAAAAAAAUAAGUUAUCAAAGAUUUUGUGUUAAUUAUAGUCGAAUAUUUUUUAUUUUGUAACUUGAAGCAAAGGAAUUUAAUAUAUAUUUAAAAUUUGAUAAUUAAUAAUUUCUUUCUCCCUUAUCAAUUAGAUUAGGUUACUAAACUUGAACUUAUUAUUAUGCUACUUAUUUUUCAGUAGAAUAUGUUUCGAUUUGGCUUUAUUUUCUACGUAUGAAUGAAUUUGUUUAUCUUUUAGAGAUUGGUGUUAAUAUUCUUGGAUUAGUGAUAAUCAUUUUUUUCUUAAAUCUAACUUUUUCUGACUGGACCAGCUAUGAUUAUAAUUGUUAAUAAUUAGUUUAGGUUCUACCUUGAAAGAAACUUAAGUUGCAGACACUUACCUCUUGUGUGUUGAGAGAGCACAAUUUUGCAGCAGUUACCAGUAGAUAUUUAUCUUAGGCCAUUUAAAAAUGAUAUCUCGGGGCUGAUUUCAUCUUGUUGUUAUUGAUUAUUUAUCUAGAAGAUGAUGGUUGAACCCAUGGUAAAAAAACAAAUCAGUUUUAAAUAUUUUAUUACUUUUAACAAAUUUAUUUUUUUAAUUUUUACCGCAACUAACAUUCAAUCCAUGUUAACAAUAUGGAUAUAAUUGAUUAUAACUAUUUUUAUCUAUGCAUGUACAAUACUUGUUAUCAAUGUUAUAAAUAUUGUGUUGAUCCUUGGUUCUAAUUUUGUCUAAAAUAUUAUUUAUUAGUGUUAUCAAUUUUGCUGGCAUUUUUUUUAUAAUGAUUGAAUUAAAAUAAUGGUUUUUCAAACUGAAAAUGUCAUGAAAAAAAAGCACAUAUUUUACUAUGCUAUUUCAGAGAUUGAUGAAUCAAUAGUUAAAUUAUUUAAGUGAUUUUUUUUGUAAGAUGUUUAAUUCUUGUAUUUAUAGUUUCAAUUAAUUAAUUGAUAUAAUGUUUAGUUGGAUAUUAAGUUUUAUAAUCUUUAAAAAUAGUGUUUACUAGAGGAAUGAACUUCUGAUCACUUACCUACCGCUUCUCUCGAAGUAUAUAUCCUACUUUCCAACUAAAAUAUCCUGUGAUGUACACUAAUAAGCAUAGCAUUAAAUUUUACACGUGAUAAAUAGCUAGGACACUUGAAUUGAGUUCUUGAACAUCUUCAGUACUGGCAACAUAUCCUGAUGAUGACUCACAAUUUUGGAUUGAAACGUCGUGACUAUUUAUCACAAACCAGUAUAAUGAAUUUUAUCAUUAAUUUUUUAAUAUAACAACAUUGAGAGAGAAUGUAAAAUGAAUUAGAAUCUUGAAUUUUUGUCUGUUUUAUAUUAUUGCACUAAAAUUUAAUUUUUCAAGGGUAAAUAAAAAAACAAACUGUCUGUUUCCUGUGCUUUAUCAUAAAGCUCGUAAGUCAAUAUUACUUUGUGCUAAUUAGUUGUUUGAUAUUGUUGCUGGAAGCCUUUAGUUUAUAUAUAAUUUAAAGUAAAGUGAAUUAAUUCCCAUCUUAAUUUUUACUGCAUUAUUUUCUAUAUAUUUGGUAAUGAGAUGUCAAGAAGCAAUAAAUAAAUUUACACAUUAUUUUCCUGGAGUUAGUUUGUUGCCUUAUCAUUGUUUUUAUUAUGAUUAUUUUCGUUAUAAUGAAUUGUAGUACCUUGAGUGAGCAAAUGUUAACAUUAAAUUCCAAUUAUGUAUAUUAAAAUAGUCUUUUUUAAGAAAUAUUUUCAUUAAUAAACUGUCUAUGUCAAGUGAUGAAAACUGAGAGGACUGGUGGUUGGCCCUCACUCACCAGAAGUAGUAGUGCCUCCGUGAGAUUUUGAUAGCAAAAAGAAAUUCCACUUAUUUAAAUCAAAUUAUAAUCAACUCAUUUUUCGUAUGUCUGCAAGUCAUAGUUUUGUCCAAAAACUAAUUAUACGCAUGCUCAUGUCCAUUGAAACACACCAUAGCAAAAAUGUUCAUAAAAUUGAAAUUCGAGCUAGCGAGAGGCUUCCAUUUCUUUCCUAAUUUAACAAUUUUUAAGAAUUGUAAAACUGAAUUUAUGUUAAUUACUUUUUAAUUUGUGGACUAGUGCCAUUUUUCUACCAACCAAUUUACAGAAUAAAAUACUGUUCAUGUUUUCAAUGAAUGAAUGAGGAAAGUUCUAUAUUAAAAAAAUUAAAAUGCUCACUCAGUUUGUCGUCUCAAUUAGCUUAAGAGAUAGUUUUUUCCUGUGUAUCUUAUUAAUAAUUUUGAAAUUGAAUUUUUGUGUUGAUUUUUGAACUAUAAAACCAUCUUAGCUGUAUCUGCACGUGUAUGUAACUCUUGAGCUAAUAUUUCAACCAUUGGUUAGAAUAGAAUUUGGACUUGCUUAUACUCAAUAUUUCACUUUUUAUUUUGUACCUUUAUAAAUGCGCUCUUGUAACAGACCUGUAGUGUACAAUGUUAUUCUGUUACAAAGUAUUAAAUGAUGAACUGUUAAUGAUUUUUUUGUGAAAUUGCUCCUAUCACAUAUGAAUGUUAAAAUUGAUUUUAUGUAAUAUUUACAUAGAUAUUAAAAGCUAUUUUUACUCAAUGUACAUCUUUGAAAUGAAGGUGUGAGUUGUUAAAAUAUUUUUUCAAUAAACAAUGUUGUGAAUA